GGCUCACGUGACCGCGGGGCGGGUGUGCAGAACCACCAGGGGAGGAGCGGCCGGCUAAAGUCGGCUGAGCGAGCAGGGGCCAUGGCGGGCGUGGUGGACUUCCAGGACGAGGAGCAGGUGAAGUCCUUUCUGGAAAACAUGGAGGUGGAGUGCAACUACCAGUGCUACCGCGAGAAGGACCCGAACGGAUGCUAUCGGUUGGUGGACUAUUUGGAAGGGAUCCAGAAGAAUUUUGAGGAGGCUGCCAAGGUAUUGAAGUUCAACUGUGAAGAGAACAAACACAGUGAUAGCUGCUAUAAACUGGGGGCUUAUUAUGUGACCGGAAAAGGUGGACUGACCCAGGACCUGAAAGCUGCCUCCAGCUGCUUUCUGAUGGCGUGUGAGAAGCCUGGAAGGAAGUCUGUGGAGGCAUGUCACAACGUUGGUCUCUUGGCACAUGAUGGACAGGUCAAUGAAGAUGGCCAGCCUGAUCUGGAGAAGGCCAGAGACUACUACACAAGGGCCUGUGAAGGCAGCUAUGCCUCCAGCUGCUUCAAUCUCAGUGCCAUGUUCCUGCAGGGAGCCCCUGGCUUUCCCAAGGACAUGGGCCUGGCAUGUAAAUACUCAAUGAAAGCCUGUGACUUGGGCCAUGUCUGGGCCUGUGCCAAUGCCAGCCGCAUGUACAGGCUGGGGGAUGGUGUAGAUAAAGAUGAGGCAAAGGCCGAGGUGCUAAAAAACCGGGCCCGGCAGCUGCACAAAGAACAGCAGAAAAAUGUCCAGCCUUUGACAUUUGGGUAGUGUGGCCCAUGCUUCUAAGUAACACACAGCUUGAGGCUGGCACCUCCUAUGUCUUACAUAGCCCUUGAAAGUCAACCUGCUGGAGCAGGAAGACUUGGGACUUAAUGUCAGUAGCUCUGGUUACAUAGACCCAUUACCCCAGAGUGUCACCUACUAGGUUGUAGCCUGAAAUGUUUAUUUCAGUCAGUAUUCUUUCAUCUGUUGUGUUCUGUGAAGACACACACAUUUUUGGGAUUUUAUGUCUCAGAGUCUGUGCUCUGUGAAAAAAGGCAAACUAGAGAGCAGUAGAGACUGGGCGGGGGGUGGAGAGGGGAGACAAAGAGCAGGAAGACUCAGCAGCCACAGUGCCUGAAGGAAUCAGACCUUAUUAUUAUCAUUAUUAUUAUUUUAGUUGGGAGGGCUUGAAAAUCAGAGUCUUGACUUACAUAAUAGAGGGCUUAAGGAGCUAAGAACAGUUAAAUAGUCACGACUUCCACCCUCUGACUUAUGUAAUCAUUGGUGUGGGCUUCCUUUUUGCCUUUAGAGUCAGAGCUUCAAUAAAUUCUUAGAGAUUGGGAGGGAUGUGCAGCAUAAAAGUUAAAGGUCAUUAUGCUUCAGGAUUGCCAAAGAGGAUGAAAUAUAAGCUGCGCUUUAGUGGAGGCAUCCACAGUUGAAAAUUAGCAUCCCCAGUCCACUCACCUGGCAUUGCUCAUCAUGCUGAAGGACAGAUUAUUCCCAAGGCAACUUCAUCUAGGGAUUUGUAAGCAAAGGUUUUGUGACACAUUUUGUCCCUCAAAACUGGAUCUUUUUAACUGUCUCUGUGAAUAAACUAUUGUGAUUGAUUAGUA